CUAAAAAAAUCGAAAAAAAAAGUACCUUCUACUACUAUCCUUUAUAUGCCGCUAAAGUACGCACUCAGUGCGGUAUAAUCAGAUUGGUCUAACCUAAGCGGUCUGCUGAAUACGCCGAUCCAACCCCACCAAAAAGGCAAAUCACAAAAAAAAAUAAAAAAAGCCGAGAGGCCCAGACAACGAUAAGAGCGAGUGGUUUGUGUUUGCUCCGUCUUCUGCGAACCCUAAUUUUGAGUUUAUACCCUCGAACUUCAAAGAUUUGCCCUGUCCAAUCUGCCAGGUGGGCUUCUUUGCAGAAUGGCAUCCGUGUCUAGUCAGCCACAGUUCCGCUACACCCAACCACCAUCCAAGGUGCUUCAUUUGAGAAACUUGCCGUGGGAGUGCGCGGAGGAGGAGCUGAUCGAACUGGGGAAGCCGUUUGGUAAAGUUGUGAACACAAAGUGCAAUGUUGGAGCAAAUAGGAAUCAGGCAUUUAUUGAAUUUGCAGAUUUAAAUCAAGCUAUUGCAAUGAUAACUUUUUAUGCCUCAUCCUCGGAGCCUGCUCAAGUUCGGGGAAAAACUGUCUACUUACAGUAUUCCAAUAGGCAGGAAAUAGUAAACAACAAAACUGCUGCGGAUGUUGCUGGAAAUGUACUGUUGGUAACAAUAGAGGGUGCAGAUGCUCGCCUUGUGAGCAUUGAUGUUCUGCACUUGGUAUUUUCCGCUUUUGGAUUUGUGCAUAAGAUUACCACCUUCGAGAAAACAGCUGGAUUCCAGGCACUAGUGCAAUUUUCAGAUGCAGAAACCGCCACUUCAGCAAAAAGUGCCCUGGAUGGAAGAAGCAUCCCUAGGUAUCUGCUUCCAGAGCAUGUUGGACCAUGUACCCUUAGGAUCACAUAUUCUGGACAUACAGAUUUGAGUGUGAAAUUUCAAAGUCACAGGAGCAGGGACUACACUAAUCCUUACCUUCCUGUUGCUCCAUCAGCUAUAGAUGGAAGUAGUCAGUUCACUGUGGGUUUGGAUGGAAAGAAACUAGAACCUGAGAGCAACGUGCUACUUGCAUCGAUUGAAAAUAUGCAGUAUGCUGUCACCUUGGAUGUUUUACACAUGGUCUUUUCUGCUUUUGGAACUGUUCAAAAGAUUGCCAUGUUUGAUAAGAAUGGAGGAGUUCAGGCUUUGAUUCAGUAUCCUGAUGUUCAAACUGCUGUUGUUGCUAAAGAAGCCUUAGAAGGACAUUGCAUUUAUGAUGGAGGGUUUUGCAAGCUCCAUAUCUCAUAUUCACGCCACACAGACCUCAGUAUUAAGGUCAACAAUGAUCGGAGCAGAGAUUAUACAAUCCCUAACGUUCCCAUGGUGAACGCGCAGCCCUCUAUUUUGGGUCAACAGCCUGUUCCAGCUGUGACUCCAACUCAACAGUACGCUGGUCCUCAGUUUGCUCCAGCUGAGCAGGGCGUGAUGCCUCAGCCUUCAGCUGGAUGGGGCUCAACAGUUCCAGCAGUACCUCAGUCGAUGCCAGGACAGAUGCUUAGCCAUCCUUAUAUGCCACCGCCUGGGACUGUGCCUCCUCAAAUUGGCCCUGGAAUGAUGCAGUUGCCAAGCCAGGGUAGCCUACCACCACAGACAAUGGUGGCCCCCUAUCGUCCCGAUCAGAUGCAAUAACGCAUCCUUCCAAAUGAAAUCCAUCUGUUUGAAAUCAGUUAUCUACUAGAUUGGAGCCAACGAGUUGAGAUUGCAAUGUGAGGGAAAUGCCUAUGGACAAUAUAAGCCUACUUAUUGAAAUCUCAUAUUCCUUAUUUCAUUUUAUUUUUUUCUUGAAAUUUGAUAAUGAGAUUCUGUAAGUAGUGGGCAUGAGAUGUGGUAUGGUCCCAUGACUUUUGUUACAAACUGGGGUUGGCCCCUAAUGGAACCUUAAAAUAUUUUCAUUUUGUUCUC